CAGUGGAAGGAAUCAGAAUUUUGAACUACAAUGGAAGGGAAUUCUGGGGUUAUUCUGAGUUCCGAUCCCAGCUCAGGCAUGUCAUUCCGUUCGUCUGGGGAGCUCCACAGUGCAGUAUGGUACAGUUCUGUGCAAAUCCCCAUAGCACUUGUUAAUAUUAACAUUGUUCACUUGUGCCGAAACAAGACUGACCAGAAGCUGGUGAUCCUGAAGGAAAUCCCUGUGGAACAGAUGACCCGAGACGAAAGACUGGCCGCUCAGAACGAAUGCCAGGUCUUGAAGCUGCUGAACCACCCCAACAUCAUUGAGUACUAUGAGAACUUCCUGGAAGACAAAGCACUCAUGAUUGCAAUGGAGUACGCACCAGGAGGCACACUGGCUGAGUACAUUCAGAAGCGCUGCAACUCUCUGCUGGAUGAAGACACCAUCCUGCACUUCUUUGUGCAGAUCCUGCUGGCUCUCUAUCACGUCCACAACAAGCUCAUUCUGCACCGGGACCUCAAGACCCAGAACAUCCUUCUGGACAAGCGCCAGAUGAUUGUCAAGAUUGGAGACUUUGGCAUCUCCAAGAUACUUGUCAGCAAGAGCAAGGCUUACACUGUGGUCGGCACCCCGUGCUACAUCUCUCCAGAGCUGUGUGAAGGGAAGCCAUAUAACCAGAAGAGCGAUAUCUGGGCUCUGGGCUGUGUGCUGUACGAACUGGCCAGUCUCAAAAGGGCAUUCGAAGCUGCAAACCUGCCUGCCUUGGUGCUGAAGAUCAUGAGUGGCACCUUCGCUCCAAUCUCGGACCGGUACAGCCCGGAGCUCCGACAGCUCAUCCUGAGCAUACUCAAUCUGGACCCGUCCAAGCGGCCUCAGCUCAACGAGAUAAUGGCCCAGCCCAUCUGCAUCCGGCCCCUGCUGAACCUCUACACAGACAUUGGCAACGUCAAAAUGAGGAGGAUUGAGAAGCCAUUGUCUUCAGUUCAGGCAGGGUCCCACGGGCGGCCAGGAGGAAGGAUGCCCAGCGCCAGAUCUAGGGCUUUGGGGAGCUCUGGCUUUGGGAAGACGGGUCACCCCCCUCCCCUGUCCUCAGUCUACACCUGGGGCAGUGGGAUCACCGCACCCCACCGCCUGCCCAUGCUCAACACAGAGGUCAUGCAGGUCUCUCUGGGGAGAACGCAGAAAACCGGGGUCACCAAGUCCGGACGCCUCAUCACCUGGGAGGCUCCGUCUGUGGGGUCAGGAGACGGCUCUCUGCCUGGAUCUGUGGGGCACAGUCAGACGCAGUUCAUCUCCAGGUUCCUGGAGGGUCAGUCUGGGGUCACCAUCAAGUACGUCUCCUGUGGAGAUCUGUUUACUACCUGUAUGACAGACCGAGGGAUAAUAAUGACCUUUGGGAGUGGAAGCAAUGGCUGUCUCGGGCAUGGGAAUUUUAACGAUGUCACACAACCUAAGAUAGUAGAGGCCCUGCUGGGGUACGAACUGGUCCAGGUGUCAUGUGGGGCAUCACAUGUUUUAGCAGUCACCAAUGAGCGUGAAGUGUUUUCCUGGGGAAGAGGAGACAAUGGUCGCCUGGGCCUUGGCUCUCAGGAGCCCCAUAACUCCCCCCAGCAGGUGGCAGUACCCCCCGAAUUCGAAGCUCAGAGGGUCCAGUGUGGAGUGGACUGCUCCAUGAUCCUCACCACUGGACAACAGAUACUGGCUUGUGGAAACAACAGGUUUAAUAAACUGGGUUUGGAUAAGAUCAGUGCAGCAGAAGAAGAGCACCCCUCUGAACAAGUUGAAGAGGUCCACACCUUCACCCAUGUCCAGUCGGCUCCUCUGAAUGUGGAAAAGAUCAUUGACAUUGAUAUCGGAACAGCCCAUUCCAUUGCAGUCACAGAAAAAGGACAGUGCUUCACCUUUGGCAGUAACCAGCAUGGGCAGUUGGGCACCAAUACUCGCAGAAACAGCCGGGUGCCCUACCACGUGUCAGGACUGCAGGGGGUCAGAGUCACCAUGGCUGCUUGCGGGGAUGCCUUCACUGUCGCCAUUGGAGCAGAGGGUGAGGUGUACACCUGGGGGAAAGGGGCCAGGGGUCGGCUGGGAAGAAAGGAGGAGGACUGUGGAAUUCCCAAAUUAGUCCAGCUGGAUGAGAGCCACCCCUACAUUGUAACAUCAGUGGCGUGCUGCCAUGGGAACACUCUGCUUGCAGUCAAGACUUUACUAGAAGAGACCAUUCCCAGGUGACCCUAGACUCAUCGUAGCAAGACCUUGCUGCCAGUGUCUUUUAACUUUGAGCCAGGAUCUUUCCCAUCGCCUUAUCAAGCUCCACAGUCUUGCCUGCCUUGAGACUCUGCACAGCAGGAAGCCCUUGAAGAAUGCCAGCUGCACAGUUACUCGAAAGGGAUCUAACACUGUGUCCUUGGAGCACAGAGCUCUUUUGUACAGACUACAGUUGCAAGGCAGUUCCAGGUUCUCCUAUGAGCCUUCGUGUCCUGCAUAGUACGAGAAGCUCAGGUGAGAUGUAGUUGAUUUUCAGUGGGAUGUUUGAAUUUCACUGAUGCUCUUCCCAGCCUGUGUGUGGCCCCUGUGUGAGCCGCCAAGACCUGUGUGAUCUCUGUUGGCACGCUCCACCUGCUACUUGUGAUCUGCAGACACACCCAGCGUGAACCUGCCAGUAUCUAUCUGUGCCCGUUCCAUUCCUGACAACUCGACCGCCUUUGUGUGGUGCAUCUCCUAAAAACUAUAGAAUUGGGAGAUUCUUUUUACUCAAUUACUGAACGUAUUUGUGUAUUGGUUUCCAUUCAUUACCGUGUUCGGUACUGCCUCGUUAACCACAUUAAUCAUGACAUUGGUUGUUUUUGGACUCUGCUGUGCUCAGUGACACGUGCAGUACAACAUGAUGAGUCAGUUCUGUAUUGUAUAUAGUAGAAACCUGUGUUCAUGGAUUUACAGUGCUGUCUUGUUAUACCUUUAUACAGUCUAUUUUUAAACAUGAUUUUAUGCUAUUAAAGUUUUAAAUCAGCGGGAAGGUCAUGCAAAAAAAUGAAAUUAAAAAAAUGUACAAUUUAAUGCAGGCAGCGUUUUUAUUGACGCUGCGUGG